AUAUGUUGCAUUUGCACCGAUAUCAGCUGUUAUCGUGUUGUACGUUGACUGUUUGCUUUGUGCUGUCCCCAAAUGAAAAUAAACUAUUUAUAAAUUAAGUUAAGAAUGCAGAUAAAGCCAAUUAUAACCUAUUCUGGCUCAUUUCCGCUUUUUCGAUCCCUUGAAGCGCAAAUACUAAAUGCAAUCCCAUUGGAUACCUGCGAAUGGCGACGCACCUUCCAAAGACCAACGAAACAUGUUCGCUUGGAGGCUCAAACCCAGCAGUUCAGUGUCGAACCACUGGAGCGAUAUAAAAAGGGCGAUUGGAGCAUACUUGAACAUCCCAUAUUGCACAUAUUUGUGACCGAAUGUAAUGACAUUGACACAUACAAAGCAACGAUAAGAGAGGAAAUAGAUUCGUGGCUUAAACUAUUGUCCAGCUAUGGCAUAUCUGAUUGGAUGAUCCUAUUGGUGGAGACGCUGGACAUGCGGAAAACGAAGAACCUAUUGCCUCGAACAACGGUGCUGGAUAAAAUACGUUUGGAUUUCGGCAGUAAAAACGAUGAUCGUUGCAUUUCCGUAUUGAAUCCAGCUAAAUUUGAGCAAAAAUCAACGGAAUCUUUUCGAUGCUUGGUGCAGCGCAUCCGUUUCCUAAUGCUCACCAGUUACAAUCGCAACAUUGCCAAAUACGAGGAGUUAAUACGGAGUAAACGGGAGAAACGUAAUCAUGAUGAUUGGGACUUUCGUCAAUAUUUCUUUAUGCAGGAAGAUCUGGCACUCAUUUUUGAGAAAUUAGAGCUACCAACAGAGGCCCUAAUACAAUAUGAUGAGCUGGAUGCCAUGUUUUCACAGUUCAUCACGCACACGGGAUUCAAUGAGAAGCAACAGUGGCUAGCAUAUUUUAAGCGUCCGCUUACAGCUUUCCAUGGCAUCUGCCUGAGCCGCGUGGACAAAUUUGAGAUGCGUCAGAAAAUACGGAAUGAAGGAGUCUCCCUUUUAGAGUUCCGCAACUAUUUGUUUGAGCGACAAGCUUACCUAUUGCUCACUUGCAAUGACAUACCGGAGAUAGCGAAACGUCUAUUAGGUUUUCUUUUCUCCACGUUGCGUGAGGUGGAAUUUAUCAAGUUAGACUGCCAGGAGGGUGCGCUGAGCUGCUGGGAGUUUGUCUGUGCUCUGGAAGUGCUGCAGCUCUGCGAACAGGCGAUGGAACCUAAUGAAGUGACGUGCUUCCAGCACUGCGCUCCCAUAUGGAAUCUGGCCAAGGACAAAUUGUAUGAGCUGGGUAAACUCUGCGGUUUAUUGCCAGGCUGUACACCCAGUUCGGAGCAAUUGCACAUUGUGGUGCAGCUUUCAUCAGGCAUUGGUGAUGCACCCCCACAACAGCAGCAACAAUUUCUGCAAGCUAUGCCACAGCUGCGUGAUCGUUCGCCGAAUCGAAAGCCUAAGCUGUCGGCGGCACAACAGCUCAAAGAGGCCUUGGGCUCCAAUCAAACCUUCCAAAAGCUCUACCUAGAGUUGGCGGAGCUAGCAAUCAGCACCUAUAAACACGUGACGCGCUUAAGAUCUGCGCGGUUGGUUGGCCUCGAUCUGGGCAAAUUCUACUGCGCUUUGAAUGAACCUCACAAAGCAGUGGGCUUCUUUACGGAUUUGUUACGAGAAUUGAAGGCAGAGAACUGGCAUAUGCUUAGCUCACAGACAUUGCUAGAGCUGGCUAACUGUUAUCGUAAGAUGGGCGAUUCGCUGGCUUAUACCAAAACCUGCAGUUCCAUAUCCUGCUGUGCCGAACUAGAGAUUCUCGUACGCACCUUUUACUUUGAUGAGUUCCUGAAGUCAUUGAAAUCGCUGGACACCACCUUAUCGGCACAGCCAUCCAUUGAGAAUGCCAACUACUGUGUGCUGGAGGAUCAUUUUCGCACACUAGACAUCGAAGUGCUUAAUACGAAGCCAAUUAUACAAGAUGACCACCUGCUGGUGCAAUUGAGGCUGGAAAGUCUGUAUCCUCGAGAAAUCGUAGUUGAUUGCAUGAAACUUUGCUAUGAGCUGCAUCUGAGUAACGAUUUGGAGACAGGCCUGCAGGAAGUGGCUCUCGUGAAGGACUGUGCAUCGCGGCUGAAGGUCACUUUGCAGCUCUUCCAUAAGCAGGACAAUACGCUCAACUGUGCCUCGGUCGUAUGUGAUACGCCGAAAACGAAACAGCCUGUGCGACGGACCAGCAGCACCAAGCGCAAGCUGUCGCCCAGUGUUCAGGCGGACUUCACCAACGUCGUGCAGACUACCAAUAUUGCCCUCCAGCCGGGCAUUAAUCUCGUCGAGCUUAAGGGCAAGGCAACGCGCGUUGGACGUUGGCAGUUUAAGCAAUUGUGUAUUACCAUGUCAAGCUUGGAGUUUCUUUCGGAGCAGUUGCCGUCGAAUUUGCAGCCGCCGAGUUUCGAGAUUUGCACCAAGCCGGCAAGCGCCUCGCUAGAAUUCAAGACACUAAUUGCGGGUAUUGUGCAGCCCAUUUAUUUGAAUGUAUCUGGCGGCAGUUUCAUCUUUCCACCAGAUGCGCAGAUCACGUUGCGAUGCUCGAAGAAUUUACGCAUACGCCAGGCUCUCAAAUCCGAUGAGUCGACGCUGAGUAAUAGCGACGUCGGCUUCGAGAAUGUUUUGCAAUUGCCUUUGCUUCAAUUCAAAUCUUUCGAGGAGCGUCGCAUACCGCUCGAGGUGCUUACCGAUAUGCCUGGCCGUAAACUAUCCAAACAUCAUGAACAUCACAUAACGCUCAGUUGCCCUUGGUCGCGCACUGAUCUACAAAUCCCAAUUGACUUUCAGCCCGCCAUGGAGGCAACUUGCCGGCUUCACACGUGCGGUACGCAAAAGUUCCUACAGGUCAUUAUGAAGGGUCUGGAUGCACGGCUAUUGCUGCAACAUGCCAAGGUGAAGUGUGAUGUGGCCGGCGUGCGUCUCAUCGAUCUCAAUCCUGAAUCGCAAGCACCAAUCGAAAUUUAUAAGUCUUUGACGGUUACCUACCUCUAUGAGAUACAAGUAGAGCCGUUGAAAGCAGAACACGAACUGCCCAUUGUCAAGGUGCACUUUGUGGUCAAGUAUGCAACUCCAGCACAGCCACAAAUCUGGCGUAAUUAUGGCUGUGCCUUCGAUCUGGUCGACUAUUCAACGCUCUUCAAGCUGCAGGCACAGCUGGAGCCGAACGAACUCUGUCGCCUGCGCACUGUUUGCAACCUGAAUAUAAAGAUAACCAAGAUCAAUGAGAAUCCAUAUGUCGAUCUCAUGUACGAGGUGCUUAACGAUCAGAAUCUGUGGGCCGUAUGUGGUCGAUCCGCUGACAUGGGCGUCGUGUCCAUGAAGGAUGUGGACUGUCAUUCGAUAUCGCUGGAUGUUAUGCCACUAAGUACUGGCUUUCUGCCCAUGCCCAGUAUACGACUGUCUAAGUAUACAGCGGGUGGCAAGAAUAAAGCCGAUGCCCAUUCCAGGGUGCAUCCCUUUCCACCCGGCCAGGUGUACAACUCAACCAAAAGCAUGCAGAUCCAUGUCAUAGCCAGCGUCAGCGGUGACCAGUGAAUAGCCAAAUUAAUUUAGCAAAGUAUUAUUUAUUGUUAAUAAGGCCAACAUAAUAGACAGAUCAAAGAACUUCCA